CAGGACGCGGCGGCAGCGGCCAUGGAGGAGGAGGAGGAGGCGGCGGCGGGGACGGGCUCUGAGGCGUCCUUCUGCCUGCAGAAAUUUACCAUAACAGAUGACUCUAAAGAUGAUUAUCAGUAUGAAGAGGUUCCAGCAGAUGAUGAAUUUAGUCUUCAGGAAGAUGAUGAGGAUCUGUCAAAGGCUUUGCAAGCCAUUCAAGAACAGGCUGAAGAUGCCCACAUUUUAGCUUUGCAAUCAGUUCUGACUUCUGAGAAAUCGGUAUCUGAAAUACCUGAAGCAAUGGAUGACUUCUUCUGCAAUUUCCUCGUCAGAUUGGGAAUGUCCAGAACCCUUAACUGCUUCCAAACGGAAUGGUAUGAACUCAUAGAGAGAGGUGUGUUCACAGCUGAAGAUACUGGACUGGUUCCAGCUGCGUAUACCCACAACCAGCAACUUGAGGCUGAGAAUAUGCGUUUGAGGAAAGAUUUGGAUAACUAUAAACUUGCUGCAAACAAAGUAAAAGAGGCUUUCCUGAAAAUGCAGAAAGAACGUGACUUCCAUCGAAUGCAUCAUAGGCGAGUGAUCCAGGAGAAAAACAGGCUUAUUUGUGACAUUAAAAGGCUGAAGGCACAUUAUGCAUCAUAUGAACCAGUGCUGAAGCAGCUGACUGAAAAAUACCAGACUAUACUGAGACAGAAAAUGUUAACUAGUUUGGAGAGAGACCGAGCAGUUGAGCAGGUUACAGGUUUGCAAGCCACAUUACGAAGUUUAGAGUCUGGAUGCGCUAUGCAGAUUCCUGUCACAAAAGCAGGCCACGAAAUUAAAAGGAAGAAAAGAUUGGAAGGUCCCACCCAGAAAGCUCUUCAGGAAGCCAGGCAGCAAAAAUUCCUUGAUGCUGGAAGUUCUUCAUAUAAUCCCACCAAAGAUGCAAAGAAGAUAAGCAAGACAUAUCCAAAGGAUUCAGAGUUCCCUGUUGAUACUCAAGUGAUCCCAUACCUUGUGCGUGGUGAAGAAUAUACUCAACCUCUGAAAUCUGGAGAGUAUAAACUGAGCAACGUUUUAAAAGUGCACGAUUUAGCAGUGAGCUGCUUGGCUUUACAUCCCCAGAAAGAUGUUGUAGUCACUGGCAGUGAUGACCACCUCUGGAAAAUGUGGGCUUUACCUGAUGGGAACAUCAUCAUGGCAGGUGAAGGUCACACUGAUCGGCUCUCAGGCUGCUGCUUCCAUCCAAGUGGCACCCACCUGGUCACUUCAAGUGGGGAUACCACAGUGCGGAUAUGGGACUUUUCAAAACAUGGAUGCCUUCUGGUUUUAGAAGGACAUACCCACGCUGUAUGGGACUGCUCAUGGCAUUCCUGUGGUGAUUUUGUGGCUUCUGCCUCCAUGGACAACACAAGUAAAAUAUGGGAUGUUAACAGUGAGAGAUGCAGAUACACAAUGUGUGGCCAUAAAGAUUCAGUCAAUAGCAUUGAGUUUCUUCCGUUCUCCAACACCGUUCUCACUAGCUCUGCUGACAAGACUUUAUCUCUCUGGGAUGCCAGAAUGGGUCUCCGUGUUUACACAUUCUGUGGUCACCUGCAUUCCUGUAAUCAUGCUACAUUCAACAUGAGAGUCGUGGCGUGGCUCUGGCGAGCGGCGAUGGAUCCGUCAAGGUUCUGCAACUGGAGUCCGGGCAGCUCUCCAGCCUGCCAGGCCACGACGGCGGCGAAGUGCGCAGCCUUGGCUUCCAGCACCGGGCAGGGCGGCUGCUUUCCGGGGCUGCCGACGGAACCGUUGGCCUCUGGAGCUGAGGACCAGCACACGGCUGAGCGUGGCCUUCAUCUCAAGGUGUUCCGGGGCGGGGGGAAGUGGUUGGACAAACAUAGCAGCAGCGGCUUAGGGUUUUCAUACUUAACGUUUGCAGUGGGAAUAAUCACCCGAGACGAGUGUUACUCUGCAUUUCGUCCAAAUAAAAUCCCCAGUUUCUCCCUCUUUCUGUUGACACAGUGUUUUCCCCAACAUCAAGAAUCUCGGCGCUUUCUGGAGAAAUAGCUUUACAAUGACGCCUAAUGCCAGAGCAGACGAAUUGCAAGGAGAUUGAUAUUUACUGUAACCCACCAGGAGCCACGAGAGCGGGGCGCCCCUUCCCCAGCGCCCGCCUGGGGGAAGAUGUGAAGUUUUUAAUGAUGGGGGGAUUUUUUUUUUUUUUUCUUUUUUUCCCCCCUGCAGCAAA